GCCAGCUGCUUUGGUGUCUUAAAUCAACCUAAAGAGUCUCCCCGUUUCUGUGCUUCACUUGGUUUCGUCCGGAGUUUCGGCCAGGAGUAGCGACCCAACAUCAUCAGAGCUCAGUGAAAAUGGCGGCUUUGUGGACGAUGCUGUCAACUAGACUUUGAAUUUUGCGGGUUUUUGACAAGCUUACCAGCCGCGCAGAAGCUCAGUAUUGGAUAGGUGUAUUAAAGAAGGCGUCUGAUGGCUGAUAUGUUAACUGACUGAUUUUACAAUGGAGGAUCUUCAGCUUCUUGCCAAGUCGCUUGUCUGCAGCGCACACACAAGGCUUUUCUCGCUGUGAAUGGCUUUGGUUCAGGACUGCAGUCUGAUCUGAGAUUUGAGCUGCACUGACAUUAAGGAAGGACUGCUGUGAAUCAAAGAGAGCUGGAUUUAUCUCAAAUUUCCACCCACAUGCAGAGAACCCAGCGUGUCCGCUGACUGACAGGCCCACGGAAAGCUGCGUCCAGCGAGAGGGCUCCGGGUGGUCCAGCGGACUAAGGUGCUGCCAUCACGAUCGGAAGAUCGCUGGUUUGAAUCCUGGUCAUGCAGCUUGCCAUCUGCUGCCAGAGCCCUGAGAGAGCACAAUUGGCCUUGUUCCCUCUAGAAUUACUCUAGUCUUGUCUACUCCUGUUCCGACCAUGGCCAGGCUGGACCUCUGCAGGGGGCACUGUUCAUCCUUUUUCCCCCACCCAGGACACCUUAAGCUCAGCCACUGAAGGCACCUGAGCUCAAGGACCGCCGGCCACCCAGCUCCAUUACACGUCAUAAAAAAGCCUGUGUCAUAUUAAGACGUACAUGUUUGUAGGAGCAAGAGGCAGCAGAGCGGCAAGAGAGGAGAGAAACGGCUGAUCCUUUGUGGAGAGGUGGAGGCGGAGGAGUGUCGUAAGGAGCGAGAGCAAGAAACCCAAUCCUCUUAAGCCGAGCUGAGAACGAAGCUGAUACAGAGUGUGCCGGAGAAAGAGAGCGUGCUCGUGUGCGAGUAUACAGCAGUCCGUCAAGCGUUGGAGAAGCUAACUCUUCGACUCGAGGUGGGCAGAGGCAGCAUUCACAGCAGGUGGCACGUCAUGGGCUAUGGGGGCCAUGGUGACUUAGCGUAAAUGGCUCCUCCUUGCUCGAAACCUGUGCCAUUGCGUGCUGCCCACCCUUUUCCUCUUUCCUCCUCUUCCUCUGUUUCUUCUUCUCCCUCUGGCUGCGAGGCUUUGCUCUGCCCCAAAGCUGCCCCGGCCCCCUGCUCUCUUGGCGGCCAUGGGCCUGUGGAAGCUCCUGCGGGGCGUCAGGCAGCUGGAGCUCCACCGGCUCAUCCUGGUACUCAUCGUCUUCUGCCUGCUCUCCAUGGCCUUCCUGGCUUACUAUGUCAGCAACAGCCCCAAGAUAAAGGAGGCACCUCCGUUGCCCUUCAGUGACUGCGGUGGGGUGGUGGCUGCCGGGGAUGGGGCACAACGAUCCCCCCUUUUUCUGCCCCCCUUUACUGGCCACCAACGGACGGUCAAACCAGUAGAUAACUCCCGCACAGAGCCUGUGGUGCUUGUGUUUGUGGAGAGCAUCUACUCACAGCUAGGCCAGGAGAUCGUGGCCAUUCUGGAGUCCAGCCGUUUCCGCUACCACACUGAGAUCGCCCCUAGCAAGGGAGACAUGCCAACGCUAAUGGAGCGAGACCGCGGCCGCUACGCUCUGGUUAUAUAUGAGAAUGUUCUUAAAUAUGUCAACUUGGACGCCUGGAAUCGUGACCUGCUGGAUAAGUACUGCUCAGAGUUCAGCGUGGGAAUCAUCGGCUUCUUUAAAGCCAAUGAAAACUCGUUGCUCAGCGCGCAGCUCAAAGGCUUCCCACUCUUCUUGCAUUCCAACCUUGGCCUACGGGACUACCGCAUCAACCCUGCUGCUCCACUGCUCUACAUCACCAAGCCCAACGAGGUGGAGCAGGGACCAUUACCCGGGGACGACUGGACCGUUUUCCAGUCCAACCACAGCACCUAUGAGCCGGUGCUCUUAGCCAGUACCAAGUCAUCAGAAGCCUUGGCUCAUCUAGGUCCUCAUCGAGCACUUCACGCAACUGUGGUGCAGGACCUGGGCCUCCAUGAUGGCAUCCAGAGAGUUCUUUUUGGGAACAAUCUUUCAUUCUGGCUGCAUAAGUUGAUUUUUGUAGAUGCCAUUGCCUAUCUGACAGGCAAGAGACUCUGCUUGUCUCUGGAGAGACAUAUGCUAGUGGACGUUGAUGACAUCUUUGUUGGCAAGGAAGGAACACGAAUGAAGGUGUCAGAUGUAAAGUCUUUGCUCAACACACAAACUAAACUACGAACACUAGUUCCUAACUUUACCUUCAACCUUGGAUUCUCUGGAAAGUUCUACCACGCAGGUACUGAGGAGGAGGAUGAGGGGGAUGACAUGUUGCUGCAGCACAAGGAGGAGUUCUGGUGGUUUCCUCACAUGUGGAGUCACAUGCAGCCGCACCUCUUCCACAACGUCAGUGUGCUCUCUGAGCAGAUGAGGCUCAACAAGCUCUUUGCUCAGGAGCAUGGCAUCCCCACAAAUAUGGGAUAUGCUGUAGCACCACAUCACUCUGGGGUGUAUCCCGUGCAUAGCCAGCUGUAUGAGGCCUGGAAGAGCAUUUGGGGGAUCAAAGUGACCAGCACAGAGGAGUACCCACAUUUAAGGCCAGCACGUCAUCGCCGGGGCUUCAUACACAAUGGAAUACAGGUGUUGCCCAGACAGACGUGCGGCCUCUUCACCCACACUAUCUUCUAUAAUGAGUACCCAGGGGGCUCUCGUGAAUUGGACAAGAGCAUCCGUGGAGGAGAGCUUUUCCUCACUGUCCUCCUCAACCCUAUCAGCAUCUUCAUGACUCAUCUCUCUAACUAUGGAAACGACCGCCUAGGCCUCUACACUUUUGAGUCUCUGGUGAAGUUUGUGCAGUGCUGGACCAACCUGCGGCUGCAGACGCUGCCUCCUCUGGAACUGGCAGAAAAAUAUUUUCAGAUCUUUCCAGAGGAGAGAGACCCCCUGUGGCAGAACCCCUGCCAUGACAAGAGACACAAAGACAUCUGGUCUAAAGAGAAGACGUGUGAUCGGCUCCCCAAAUUUCUUGUUAUUGGUCCCCAGAAAACAGGAACCACAGCCUUGCACUCGUUCCUCACCCUUCACCCAGCCAUCACUAGCAGCUUCCCCAGUCCUGUCACUUUCGAAGAGAUUCAGUUCUUCAAUGGGCCCAACUAUCACAACGGCAUCGACUGGUAUAUGGACUUCUUUCCCUUUCCCUCAAAUGUGAGCACAGACUUCAUGUUUGAGAAAAGUGCCAACUACUUCGACACAGACGUAGCCCCCAAAAGGGCUGCAGCCUUAGUGCCCAGAGCCAAGAUCAUUGCUGUGCUUAUAAACCCAGCCGACAGAGCCUAUUCCUGGUAUCAGCACCAGCGAGCUCAUCAGGACCCUGCUGCCAUAAAUUACACCUUCCACCAGGUGGUGACAGCAAGUCCAUCCUCACCUAAGGAGCUUUUGGUGCUUCAGAGCCGUUGCCUUAAGCCUGGAGAGUACGCCACUCACCUGGAGCGAUGGUUACUACACUUUCAGUCCAGACAGGUCUAUAUAGUAGAUGGAGCCCUACUUCGCUCCAACCCUGCCCUGGUAAUGGAGGGCAUCCAGAGGUUCCUGGGGGUCACUCCCAUCUUCAACUACACCCAGGCUCUCAUGUUUGAUGAGAGUAAGGGGUUCUGGUGCCAGAGGAUUGAAGGAGGUCGACCCAAGUGUCUGGGGAAAAGCAAAGGCAGGAAAUAUCCAGAAAUGGCACCUGAGACCCGUGCCUUCCUGAUGGAGUAUUACCGGGAGCAUAACCUGGAGCUCUUGCGGCUGCUGAACCGCCUGGCGCAGACGCUUCCCUCGUGGCUUAGAGAGGAGCUUCAGAGCAGCAGCUGGAGCUGAGACAGUGGUGCUUGGCCCCAGGCCACUGAAUCCCCAGCCACACAAACAUGCACACACACACAGGACACCUAGGAACAUGAGACACUCAGGGCUGUCUCAGCUCCUCCUGCCCCUCCAUGGAACACUAUAGUAUUGGAAACACUAUAGUAACAGUGAUGAGAUGGGGUGUGCCGUCAUGGCGAAUGGGCGUAAGUGGACUGUGGAGAUUAGCCUUUCCCCUGCCGUGAUGCUCAUACAUGUUCUCACUAGUCCUGUUUGAACUUUACGAGAUACGAGUUACUGGUGGAACACUGGUUCUUGUAGUCUCAUGCAGGAGCAACUCCCUUCUGUCUUAAAUACUGACCUUUCCCACCAGGACCUGGCUGCUUCAUAGGCCUGGACAGCAUGAAUGAACUAGCAACUGGAGUGAAUUAUUGAUAAACACACAUGCUAGCCUUGCUCAUCUCUUCAGAGGAAUGAUUGUAAAACAUUGUACAUUUUAAAGCGUUGUAUAUUUUGGGUCUGGAUGCGCGGGAUCUUGAUGGAACAGACAUGAGCUCAGCCAGGGCAGCAUUAGUGUACAGGACGCAGCUCUGUUUGACAAGGGUGCAUAAAAAAGAACGCCAGUCGACAGCAGCCCCUCUCUUCUCCCCACACAGGCACUAUGCACAGAGAAGCUCGAGACUUGAACGUAUUAUGCAAGAGCGGAGUGAGGUAGGGUCAAGUAAAGUCUAGUCUCCAAUCAUAAUGCUGGCUAAAGUGUCUGUCUUCAGUAAAUUAUUAGCUCUCUAAAUGCCCCUACUUACUUUUUUUAACAUGCACUUUUCCCCUCCGUUUCAGUCUUAAUUCCAAAUGUACACUAUGUGGCCAGAUGAGGGGUAGCUGAUCCGAAAGCUGAGGCAGUUCUCACCUGUGUAAGGAGCUGUGAGAGACAGGGGGAGAGAGCGACAGACAGACAGACCGAGAGAGAGAGAGAGAGGGAGAGUAAGGGAGAGAUAAAGAGAGGAGAAGGGCUGCACUGUGAAUCUGUGGUAUGUCCUGCAAACAUGAAUUGCUGUCUACUUUUUGUUUUGUUUUUUUGUUUUUUUUUUAUUUUGUAAAAAAAGAAAAAACUUUUAAAAACACCCAACACUGUAUCAUCUCUAAUAAACUCUUAGAGAGGUUGGAAA